CCAACAAAAACCAUUAAAAAACAAAAGUACCAAUCAAAAACUCAUUAAAGACAGAUCCUUCUCAGCUAACUUCAUUUUAUCUCUCGCCUCCCUUAUAGACUCAUUCAUCGCAACUUAAAGGACGACACAAGAAUAUUAAUGGGUGGGAUGUGUAUGAUGUCUUCGUGUUGCGGUGGUGGUGGUGGUGACGAUGGUGGUUCCAGUCUAUUAACACAUGUCGUCAUAAUUGUUGUCAUAUGUCUCUCUAUAAUGGCUGUCUGCACCUCCAACGAACGCCGUACAGCCGUUCGUGUCGUCCGGUGCCGUUGACCAACGUUUAACCGGUACAACAAGUCAUCUAUAUAUAUCAGAUCACAUCUCUACAAAAUAUUUCUUCGGAUUCUCUUUAUAUAUAUAUAUGUGUUGGUUAUUGAUUAGUGAUGAAUUACGGUAUUUGGUUUUUGUC